AUGGACUCCGGUGGUAGAGGUAGAGGGCGAGGAAGAGGCCCCGAAGGAGGAAAUGAGAACGAGCCAGAUCAGGGGAGAGAGGACUGUGCUUUAGAACGGUUCCAAAAGUUUGCACCUCCGAAAUUUAUAGGUGGACCCAACCCUGACUUAGCGGAGGGUUGGCUGGAUCGUAUAUUGGAUAUAUUUGCCGCGCUUAGGUAUUCAGAGGAGCGGGAGAUAUCUUUUGCUGUACUUCAGUUCAAAGGGGCUGCCCGAGCUUGGUGGAAUGUGAUCAAGGCUAAGUGGGAGUCGGAACAAACCCCCUGGACGUGGGUUAACUUUACUUGGGAAUUUAAUGAGAAAUAUUUAUCUCCCAUUGUGCAAGAGGGAUGUGAGGAUGACUUUAUCCGCCUACACCAAGGGGCAUCUAGUGUGGCGGAAUAUGAAACCCAAUUUACAAAACUCUCUCGCUUUGCUCUAGAUUUGGUGCUAACGGAGCAAAAGCGAAUCUGCCGUUUCGUCCAAGGUUUAAAUGUGGAGAUUCAAGAAGCACUAGCAGCUGCUCAGUUAGACACAUUUAGCCAAGCAUUAGAAAAGGCUCAGAGAAUUGAGACUGCCAGGGGACAAGUCAAAGCCUUCCAUGACCGGAAAAGGAGACCACCUGACUCGAGCAACUUCACGGAUGGACAAAACUCGAGAAACGAGCCACCCUCUAAGAUAGGCCGAAGAACUGGUUGUCCACGAGAUAAUGUGGAAAAAGGUUAG